AUGGAGUCGAUAUCUGGAAGGAGUAUAUCAUCGAGUCCAAUUACAAUCCAUGAGAGCUAUAUUCCCGAACCGAACGAUUCAGGGAUAUUGGAGGAGACAGGCAGAGAUCGAGCUAAGGAGCCAUUGGCACCUCCUCUGCUCAAGAGAAAAUCAAUCGUGUCCAUGAGUGAGAAUUCAUUGUUGCUGAGUGAUUUGCAGGCUUCGGUACCGACGACGGCAGUGACUUUGGAGAAUGUUGACCAGGAAGAGGCUUCCGGGCCAGAAGAGGAGACUUUUGAACAAGGCAUUGCUACUGCGCUGAGACACUCGCGAUUGAGCCCGUCAAUUAGAAGCACAAGAUCUUCCAUAGUUCCCACUUUGACGAUAUUCAGUGAUGAGGAGGAUGAUGUUAAUGAAGGAGAUGAUUACGACGAGCAAGAGGAAGAAGAGGACGGAAGCUCACAGCGGAGGACGUUCGGAAGGCUUUUGGGAAAUUUACUGAGCACAGACGAUAGAAACAGUCUGAGCAAUAGUUUGAGGAACAGUGUGCAUUCAGGAAUUGAUGAGAAUACAGAGGGCAUUUCGUUGGUCCAAAAACUGAAUUUCGGAUACGAAAUGGAAUCCACAGAUGACAACGAGGAUAUGACGGAAUUUUUCUCAAGAAGGAAGCAUUUCUUCAUUUUGUCUUCUGCAGGCAAACCAAUCUACUCAAUGCAUGGAUCUGAUGAGAUUUUAACCGUUUUUUCGGGUGUAAUUCAGACUAUUGUGUCGUUUUUCCAGUACAAGUUUGACGGGACGACAGAGAGUCUUAAGUCAUUUGAGAGCGGAAAGGUGAAGUUCGUAUUUUUGAACAGGUAUCCAAUCAUAUUGAUGGCAACUUCCUCAUACAACGAAUCCACCAUCGAAAUAUCGCAACAGCUCGAGUUCUUGUACAACUUUCUGCUCACCACGUUGAGCAAACCUCACAUUGACAAGAUGUUUCAGAAGAGGGAGAACUUUGAUUUGCGCAAACUGUUGGGAAGGGCCGAUAUUGCAUGUAUGGAUAGUAUUUGCAAGGAUCUGGCGAAUUUUCACAAUCCUGGUUUGAUUAUUGGUGGUUUAGAGUGUUUGAGACUCAGGAAGACCAUCAGGAACAAGAUUGAAAAAAGACUCCUGAUGAACAAGUCUGAGAACCUUCUUUACGGGUUGUUAGUUGCCCCUGGUGGGAGACUAAUCACUGUGCUAAGACCUCGAAAACACACACUUCACACAUCUGAUCUGCAACUGCUGUUCUCUCUCAUAUUCAACACCAACACUUUCAAGACUUACAAUAAUACUGACAGCCAGACUAGUGGAUCAGAAGAAAACUCAGCUGCCGACGAAGAGUUUUGGGUGCCCCUGUGCUUACCCAAGUUUAAUCCCAAUGGAUUCCUGUAUUGCUUCAUCCAGUUCCUGGACCUGAAAAGCAAAGAGCUUGUGGAAAGACAUGGAAUCAACCCCGAUGACUCUACACCCAGCGGAGAUGGUACCAAACUAUCGCUGAUCUUGAUAAGUGCUUACAAAGACUCGUUCUUCGAGAUGCGAGAGGUUGGAAAAAAUGUGUUCAGAAACCUUUGUGGAAACAGGCCCAUUUAUAGAGAGCUCUACAGGUCUAUCAUAGGAACUCAGGGCGCAGACGGAUCAACAGGUCUCCCAUAUGGUGCAGUCUCCCCAGCAGAUAUACCCGCUCCAUUGAUCAAACACUUCAUCUACAAGAGCAAAAAACACACACAAUUUUUAUUCUCACGGAUACACGGGUCCACCCAGGAGACCAUGGAAGAUCCCAAGACCAGGUCCCAGAUCAUGCUUCUAUAUUCAAAGAUGCACUCGCUGGUGAACACGAACAACUCCACAGGAGGUGGUAUUAAUACUAGUUUGCAAAAGCAAGACGAGAACUUUGAAGUGACUCAGUUGUCGGCAAAUCUCACCUCCAGCAACUUCAUAUACUACAUCAACUGGAAGGUGGGAGUUCCCAGGGAAGACGGCCAGAUAUCUACAGACACAAUCGUUGGGUUUGUGAUUGUGACUCCGGCUUAUGAGGUUUACAUGAUAACCAACGGUGGUGUUGUUGAUAAACAGAUCUUGGUGAACAGUUGCAAAAGCAUAGUCAGAUGGUGUAAGCGAAAUGAAGACCGGUUGUUCGUUUCUGGUGGUGCUGUUUUUUGA